AUGAGUCGCGGUCAAAAAUGGGUGCUCGUCAACCAGAAGAUAGCAGUUCUCUGCGGAAACGUUUCUUCCAUUGUUUGGUCUUUCAUGACCCUUGACAGCGAUGAUGUGCUGUUGCAGAACUUAGUGACAUGUCAAAUACUGCAUGUAUUGAAAAACUUUUUCGCCAUGGCCAAGUUUAAUGGGAUUUUUUCUGAGGCGAUAUAUAUCUACGACUCGUUCAAAAAUGCAACAUCCAGAUUCAACAACAACGUGCGCUGGUUCUUGUUCUUGGAUUGGGUCGUUCCUGCCAUCGUUAUGCUAUUCUACGUCGCUGUGCGCGUCUUUUACGAUCAGUCUACGUAUUUCUGCUGGGUCAAGGACAGCAACGCAACAAUUCUUAUAAAUAUGGCUAUUUACGGAGCCGUCGUAAUGUCGUUGGGUCUUUUCGGAAGAGUCAUCAUAAUGUCGCUCGGAACUUCUCUUAACGAAGGACACCAACGUCUUGUUAGAGGGGCGAAAGCGAAUCUCUUCACAACCUUGCUGGGGGCCUCUCAGUAUCAAGUUAUGUUCAGUGCCGCUUCAAAGGUGAGAAUUAGCGCAGCCCACAAAAUUGCAAACGCAGUUAUAAACAUUUUGCAGGGCCCGAUAGCGUUAGUAAAGUUCGUGUUUAUUAGGAGGGAAAAUUUGCGAGCUUUCCCCUACUGUCUCUUCCCUCGGCCGACCGCGCAACCACUGGAACUACAUAAAGGGAACGGUGGGGCACAAAGCUUCUCGGGCCCGCCAUCACGAUCUAAUUCACAUUCAAGUGGGGAUGUCGCUGGUGCUAGUCUCAACGUGAAUGAAUGUCUAUCCAGGGAAUUAACAGUCCACGAUAGUAUAGAACAACAGUCGAAGAACCAGAGUAAUGUGUAG